CUAUACAACUGUCAAAGUGGCGAAAAAAAUCAAUACCAACCCCCAACCCUCCUCGUUAAAAAUGUAAAUGCGAAAAAAUUCAAUACUGUGCAGCCAAACGCGACGGUCGCAGCGUUCUCCACUCACAAUUGCCGCUCCCCGCUUUUAUCCCCCCGCACGUAACGCUCUCGAGAUCCGUGUAAAUCCCCCCCAAAAGAAUUGAGAAAGCGCCCAGUGAUUAUUGAAGAGAGAAUGAGAAUCCGCAAUCCCCAGUGAAAUCCGUGUGUGUGGGCAAACAGUUGCAAACCGGCAAAAAGAAAAGAAAAGAAGAGUCGUCCAGGCCUGCCUUCUAGUGAGUGAAAAGUGAACGAGUGCUCGACGUGUAGAUAUAGAGGCCAAGAUCCAGAUACAGAUCCUGAUUCUGGGCGAAUCCGGCAAACAUAUGUCAAGUGCAAGGCGCCACCAACAAAGCUAAGACGGCGUCGUCGACGUCUGCAGUGGAAGAGGCAGCAGCAGCAGCGGCGGAGGCAACAAAGACGGCUAAUCUAAUUGCACCACGGCGGCAACAACAACUACCUACAACGGCGACGUUGACGUCGGCAGCAGGAGCAGCAGCAGCAGCGGCAGCGGUGGCGGUAGCGGCAGCAGCGGGCAGCGACUGCUAGCAGAGGCUGCGACUGCGACCGAGUUCGCUGUUUCCGUAUCCGCUUCUGUUUCUGUUGUUGUUGUUUGUGGCAGCAGCAGCAGAUACAACAAUGAUAAGCAGAUCCGAUUCGCAGACAUAACACAUUGCGGUGGCGGUUGAGAAGAACGGCAUGGUGAAAAUGGAAUCCACGGAAGAACAGGAUCGAAAGCUAGUUUUGGAGUUCUGCCACCUGCUCGAGAAGUCCAAGCAGCUCUUCAACGGGCUGAGUAUUAAUCACAGGGAUCUGCCGCAGUAUGGCCAUCGGCAGUGGCAAGCUUACUUCGGUCGCACCUUCGAUGUUUACACCAAGUUGUGGAAGUUCCAGCAGCAACAUCGCAUGGUGCUCGACUCCAAGUAUGGCCUAAAGCGUUGGCAGAUCGGCGAAAUAGCAAGCAAAAUUGGCCAGCUCUAUUAUCACUAUUACUUAAGAACCAGCGAAACGAACUACCUGAAUGAGGCGUAUCAGUUCUAUGCGGCCAUUAGAGGCAGGGCCUACUACUCGCGGGCUGCGAAAGAGGAUCGGCCCGAUCUGAUGGUGAAAAAGCUGCGAUACUAUGCCCGCUUCAUAGUCGUCUGCCUGCUGCUCAAGAAGAUGAAGCUGGUGCGCGAGCUGGUCACCGAACUGGAGAAGCAAAUACAGGAGUACACCAACACUUACGAGCCGGAGGAUCAUUUGGAGUGGUCGCUGGUGCUGGAGGAGAUCAAGGGCUUCAUUAAGGCAGAGGCGGCGGUGGCCGUACUACAUGCCGAUUCCAAUCCCAUCAUAUUGUCGCACAGUGGUUCCGGUUCUAGGUUGUCGCCGCUCACGACGCCGCCCUGCGAGCGCUCGCCACACAUGACGCUCAGCCUGCAGGAGAUCCUGAUCGUGGGCUCUGCCUGCGAGCAAGCCAAGUUCUCCGAACUGACCAUGGACAUGUUCCGGAUGCUGCAGACGCUGGAACGCGAGCCCACGGAAUCGGCCACGAAUCCGCUGAGCAUGGCCCAUGGCCUGCAUGGUCAUGAUGCAAGUCCGGCGGCCAGUCGGAUACCGCCAUAUGGAGUGCCCGGCUCUAAGGGCUACAUGGAGAAUGGCCGUCAUUUUCGAGACAAUCCCCACAAGUAUCUGCUGUAUAAGCCAUCGAUAAGCCAGCUGCUGGUGUUCCUGGCCAGCGGCUUCAAGGAACUGCCGCUUGGCGGUGCCCUGCUUCUGUACAUGUCGGCUGACGGCUGCUUCUCCACCACCAAACAUCCCGAGGAUUUUGGUUAUGAGCUGGGCGGCCUGGCCACCAGCGUGAAGCGGGACAGCGUGGACGGCGGCGGGUUGUCGUGCCGCGGCAAGUCGUACAAGGAGAAUCACUGCCUCUAUCCCGGCGAUCUGUAUCCUUUUACACGCCGGCCCAUGUUCAUCAUCAUCGACUCGGACAACUCGUUUGUCUUUCAGCACAUACCGCGCUACUUUGGACAGCCGCUGGUGGUGCUCAUGUCGCCCCAGGAUGUGCCUCCCGCAUUCCAGGCUGAUGUCCAGCAUCAUGGGUCGCUGUUCACAUUGUUCCUGCACUCCCCGCUCACCGCCCUCUGCUACAUCUGCAAUGUCGGCGACGUGCCCAUCCAUCACUGGGAACGCUGCCAGACCUAUGUGGAUCGCUUCAUCACGGAGGCCUCGCGCCUGGUCACCCGGUGUCGCAUCGAUGAGAUCGAACAGGGCAUAGGAUUUAUAGACUCCUCCUAUGUCCAGUUCUUUGGCGACGACUUCCUGCGCACCCUGAUCCUCCGCUUUGUCUUCUGUGAUGUGGUCCUGCGCCUGCACCGCGGCUUCCGGGGGCGACACAUGAGGCCACGCUGCGAACCGCCACUGCCGGCCAACGAGCUCCUGGAGCAUCCGUCGCUGUCGCACAUCAUCUUUCAGCUGGCCUCCGCCCUGGACGUGCGGGGUCACUUCUCGGAGGGGCCCGAGUGCGACUGAUGACUUUUUGUGGCCAUUGUCCUGGUCCUGAUCGUGGUGGUGGUGGCGGCAGUGACGGUUAUAGUCUGCCUGAGGCAGCACCUGCACCAGGUGAUCAUUAGCUGGUGCUGCCUGGAUAGGUGGAUGCUUUCGCUGUACAAUAUACAAUUUCCGCUGGGCUGGGCCUGAGAUGGGUGUCCAUGGGUUUCCUUUACUUUUGGCAGUCUCCCAGCUGCCGGCGUAAUUCUUUUUAAUAACGUAACGCAACGUAACUGCAUUAUAAUACGAAUAUAAAUAUAUAAAUACGAGCAUAACAUAAUAUAUAUAUAUAAUAUAUGCAUAUAUAUGGAUAAAGGUAAAUUAAUCAAGUAGCUAGUUUUCUUAUAUAGUGCGUCGCGCAAUGGAAAUGGUCCAAUGUUAGUUGCUUAGCAUAUACAUAAUUAAAGAUAGCGACAUAAGCAUACGUCAAGUUAAUGAUAUUCAGCCGAUAUCGGUAUAUAGAUAUCGCAACAGCAGCAACAAGAACAGCAACCACAAAACAUGUCAAAAGGAAACCUAAACGAUAACUGCCAAAAAACAAGAUGAAACUCGAACGAUAAAUGGAACCGGAAAUGAGCGAUGAAUUUUUGUAUCGGCCGAUCGAUCGGUAACAAAUAAAACAAGAAAGGAAGCUAACUUCGGCACGCCGAAGUUUGUAUACCCUUGCAGAUUGGU